AUGGCUGUCGUCAUUAAUUCAGAGGACAACUAUUUCUCGUCGUCUUCGAUGCGGCGCUCUGCCUCGCAUGCAAAGUUCGACACGUCCACCUUCAAUACCUCGACGCACAAGAUACCUUCAACAUACGAACCCUCCUCCAAGUCCUCCUCGGAAUCCGACGCCUCUUCUGCACCUCCUUCGCCUAGAACCGUCCAUGCCGAAUCUGUCGAUAUCUCAUACGCUUCUACUCCUGCCACCAACCUCUCAAUAGCUUCUGACUUUGACGACGCCCCGCCUCUCGACGAUUCACCCGAGGAUCACUUUGGCCUGCCGCCUUUUUCGGAUGAAAAAUACUACAUGCAUCCCCAUCUUGGCUACGACAAUGACGAAGACGACGGCGCCAUCAACCAGUCCCACCACGCUCAAGACUGCUGCGCCGUCGACGACUCGUCAGAGAGCACCUCGCGCCCCGACACCCCCGAACUGACCAAGCACGCCGAGGAUGAUGCCACUAUUGCCAGCAAACCUUCCAGGCAAGUCGACUACCUCUCUCACGACUGGAAGGAGGAGGACAUCUGGACCUCGUGGCGCUACAUUGUCACCCGCAGGGGCGAGGUAGCCAACUCGGCACGCCUCGAGAAUGCCUCGUGGCGAACCUGGAUGAAGGCCAAGCAUAAUCUCAAGACCAUUUCCCCAGAAUCUCUUAACUGGCUCAAGGACUGCGAUGUAACAUGGCUCUAUGGCCCUCUGCAAUGCAAGCCUGGGCACUUAUACGACACCCAAACUGAGCCCUCCAGCUCCGCCAUGUCCAAGAGCGACUCUCUCGUCAACAUGCAAAAGAAGCCUAUUUUAAAGAAGAGAAGCAUGUCCGAGGUGAUGCUGCAGCGAUCUAUUCUCUCCGCCUCCCUCCUCAAGCAGGCUGCUGCUGCAGUGCAUGCCCAAGAGCGCAGAGGUAUUCUGACCAAUAAGCCUAAGACGGACGACUACAUUGCCGUUCCCCUAUCAUCCCGUCAUCUCAGUGUCACCAGCAGCAGCACUUCCGAAUCGAUAGAAUCCUCUGGCCUCUCGUCGCCCUGCAAUGAGCGAAAGCACAUUCACUUCAACGAAAAGGUUGAGCAGUGCAUCGCCGUCGAGAUCAAGGGCGAUGACGACAUGGAGAUGGAGCCUUUUGACGACGAGGAAAACAGCGACUCAGACGACGGCUUUAUGAUGAAGCGUGUCAAGUCCAAGAAGCGCGGCGUCCCCGCCCGUAAGAGCAAGAGCAAGCGCAGCACUAACUGCGAAACCAUUGCCACGCUGCCCCCGACGACACUCAAAUACCGCGAAGAUACGCCAGAGCCCCAGGAGACGGCCAUGAAGCAUAGCCGCAGCCCCAUCCUGUCGCCAUCAUCCUCGCAAGAAACCCUCCGCCCAACCAAGCAGGCUAACCGUUUCUACUUUGGCGAAGAGGACGAGGAUGACAAUGAUAUCUCGGUGGUGGGCUCCGGGUGGCGCUCACCACCGGUUGAGAACGGACCCGACGAGGCGUCAGGCCUGCGCCGCACGUCAUCGGGUAUGCUGAUGCCCUAUGAAUCUGUCGAGAACCCCACGGGCGAGGGUAUCAUUGGCCGUGUCAUUGAUACCGUCAACACGGCACGCGACAUUGCCCACGUUAUUUGGAACGUUGGCUGGAGAAAAUAA